AUGAACGGGCUGACGGCGCCGGCGCCCGGCCCGGGGGGCUCCAUCGCCCUGAAGGAUCACGAUGCCAUCAAGCUCUUCAUCGGCCAGAUCCCGCGGAACCUGGAGGAGACCGACCUCAAGCCCCUCUUCGAGGAAUUCGGCAAGAUCUACGAACUCACCGUGCUCAAGGAUCGCUUCACCGGCAUGCACAAAGGUUGUGCCUUUCUUACAUACUGUGCCCGGGACUCAGCGCUAAAAGCUCAGAGUGCCCUCCAUGAACAGAAGACACUGCCUGGGCCAAAUAGCUCCCAGCAAGGAGCGGGGAAGUGCGGUGGUGUUGAAUUUCUGAAGCUCAAAGGGUUUGGGAGCCUGAGUAGCAUUCCUCGCAGCUUCGGCUUCCGCAAAGGCUCCGUAGCCCCCCGACUCGCCGAGACCCACGCAGGGGGGUCGCUCUCCUCCAAGGGCUUCCUGACCUUCAGCUUUGAGAUUACCCAAGACGACUUGGGGGCUGGGCCCAAAAGCCCAUCACAUUAUGCCUGCUCCAGCCACAUGUUCACCCACAUGGGCACCAUGCCCAGGAGCAGCACAAGACAGAAGGUUGAGAGCCGUGGGGCAGAGAAGGCCUCGGGGCCAACGUUGCCGAAGGCCACGGAACUUGGAGACGUGGCAAGGGUACUUGCUCCGCAGGCAGGUUCUCCAGGAGAAGGAGCAGAACCCAACAAGAAAGAGAGGUCCUCUUCUAUAGUCAACGUUGGUCCAGAAGUGAUGGUCCAAGCUGAGAAGUCCUCCCAGCGUUGCCUUGAACCUGGAGAGAUCUCCAGCCCAGGAACAAAGGAGAAACCGAAGCAGGUAGAACAGAAGUGUCUUCAAGGAACAAGUAGACCCCUUGAAAGGGCUCAGGAUGACCUAGAAGUCUUCCCCCUAAGUCCCUCUCACUAUGCCCAGUCUUGUGACGCUUACAGCCACCUGGGCACCAUGCCGAGGGCCCAUGCUGGGCAGUCCAAGAAGUCCACCAAAGAAAAGCAGCCUCAACAAGACCCCCAGCGAGAUCUGGCCACGGAAGCAAUCCUGCCCCACGAGGAAACCGCCACGGAGGCCACAGACCAAGGGACUGAAGAGACAACCUUAGAAGAGGACCGAGAGCAAAGGUGA